AUGUAUGGGAAGUGGCUAAUGAUAGCUCACACGGUACCUGUCACUGGUCACUCCAUGCCUGUGGGACCAGGAAUGGACUGGUACCGGAGCUGUGCACUGGUCCUGGCGCGGCCUCUCUCCCUUGACUGCUGUCCAAGUGGCACCGCAAACUACAACUUCCGGCAUGCAUUGCGCCAACACUCAUGCAAUCCAAAGCGCUGUCAGCCAGCAGCAGGACUACAACUUCCGACAGGCUUUGCGCAUUCAGCUCUUGGUGACGUGUCGUCCACGCUGCUGGUUUACGUUUCCUGCCAUGGGGGAAAGGGGGGGAAACUUUAUUUAUAA